AUGUCAUCACCACCACCGUAUCAGACCCCAACCAACCCCCUCAAACGACCCUCUAUCUCCUCGUCCGCCUCACAACCACUCGGCAAGAAGCCUCGCAUGCACCCUCUCCGACAGACCUCAUUCCCCGCAGGUCUCGAUAUUGCAGAACGGAGCUUCGGCGCAACCAGCGAUGCUGGAAGCGUGACGGGUAGUUUCACAGGAAGCAUCGGCGGCGCAAGCGCAGACGGCGUCUUUACUAGCGCAGCUCGCGGAAAGAAGCGCGGAAGAAAGAGCAAAGCCGAGAAGGAGCGUGAGCGUGAGCGAGAAGAUGCGAUGAGCUCGCGCGCCGGAGAUACGCGGCUUGGUUCCGUUGAUGCUGAAGGCUCGGUUCGAGGGGGUAUGGGCGGAGGGGGAGGGGGAGGAGGUGAUGAUGGCGACGAUGACGAUGACGACGAUGAAGGCGAGCUUUUGGGAAGAGAGGAGGGUACUACGGAUACGGAGGCUGAGAAGAAGAACUUGGCGAUUUUGGUUGAUGCGUUUAACCCUCAGCAAUCCGAACGAUAUGACCUUUUCAAGCGAGCGAAGCUUCGCAAAGAGUCCCUUCGACGUAUCGUCAAUCAUGCGCUUUCACAGUCUGUCCCGGCCAGCGUGGUUACUACAGUCAACGGUUUCACAAAGGUGUUUGCUGGUGAAAUGAUUGAGAAGGCUCGAACAGUUCAGGCUGAAUGGGCCGAUGCCUUCGACCAAGCAGCACGAGCGGCAUUCGAUGCUGAAGAGGCUGCCGCUGAGAAGGCAGCUCAGGCCAGAGCUCAAGCUGUGGCGGCACAGUCAAAGACUGCGACUCCUACUCCUUCGGGAACCCCUGUCCCUCCAUCCAAUUCAGGAUCCCUCAGCAAUGGCAUCAAGAAAGAGCCAUCGGAUACAAACCAGAUACGACCAUCGUCAGUUCCAGCGAAUCACCUCAACUCAAGCUCCUCUACUCCCGCCCAUCAUAUGUCCCCAUCUCCAUCUCUACAUGUCGGCCGGCCUUCUGUAUCAAGUCCUGCGCCUCUACGCCCACGAAGAGAGUUUCGCCCACCACCUAACCCCCAUCGUGGCCAACUUCUACCAUCGCACUUGCGUGAAGCACUUCGCCGUUACAAGCGUGAUGGCGAGGGUGGUGGUGUCGGUUUCUCCGGAUUGAGUAUGGAUAAUCUAGGAGUGAAGGGUUCGGUUACGUGGGGUUCUGGCAGCGUGGGUGGACGGCGACUAUUCCGUUAA